UGUGUCUACAAAUAAGUCAUACCUUCAUCUGCCAAUCCGAACUUUAAGCGAGUUCAUACAUGCCACCCCCACCCCCACUCAAGCUUCCGGGUGAAGGUCCCACGUCCUAUCUACAGCAAAGCACGGAAGGACGGCGGAAGAUUCAGGAUGACCACGUCUUCGAAGUCACUACCCGCUUUGCUUGCGCAGACGUCGCUCGAUGACCAUGAGGAGAUCCUCAAAGCCGCCAACGCGGCCAUCAAGAAGUCCAAAGCAGAUAUCGAUGCACACCACGCAAAAGCCGUCGCCUUACUGAAGCUUGACCGCUACGACGACGCCGUGAAGAUAUUCACGGAUACGCCUCAAUUGCAGGAAAGAACUCCGUUCGAGUAUGCCUACGCCUUGUACAAGUCCGGGGAAGCUUCGCAGGCGGUCGAGGUCGCACAGAGGGAUUCUUCCAGCCGAGCUAUGAAGCACGUUUUGGCGCAAGCAGCAUACAGAUCGGAGAACUUCGAGCAAGCGGCAGCCGUCUAUCGACAGCUCUCGAGCGACAGACACGCGGACGAGGAGGCGGAUAUAAAGAUCAAUUGGAGCGCCGUGGACGCGCAGUUGGAAUGGUCCGGGAAGGGCCAUUUGGCACAGACGAAGAAGGCGGGACGGGAUGAUCUCCAAGCUUUUGAGACGGCAUAUAACACGGCUUGUGGAUGCAUUUCGAGGGAUGAGCUGCAACAGGCGGAGAUUUGCUUGAAGCGAGCAAAAGAAGAUCUCUGCAAUGCAGCUGAAGAUCUCACCGAGGAGGAGAAGAAGGUGGAGAUCAUGCCUAUGACGGUGCAAGAAGUCUACGUCCUCACUCGGCUGGGUCGAAUAGAGGAGGCCGAACAAUUAUCCACCACGAUUCCCUUUGCCGAGAUCAGAGAACUCUCCACGCGGUAUAUCGCGCAGAUCAACAGCAUUGCGGCUUCCACCAAGCACACAAACCCGUACCUGAGCCAACGGCUCAUGCACUCGGCGCCGAAACCCCCAAAGACGGACAGACCCUUCACGUUCCAGUCCGACAUCUUGCGCCAGGACGAAUAUGUCAUUGACCUAAUGACCCACAAGGUAGCGGGCGUCAUCUCACACACGUCGAAACUCAUCUCGUCAUCCCCAGCACCAACGACCUCGCCAUCCAUCAACACCGCCUCUGUCUUCAACGCCGCCGCCCAGGCCCAGAACCUGUCCGAGAAAGCCGCGCUCAAGGCGAUCCUGCCCCUCCUGGAGAAACGCCCCAACGACAUCGGCCUCCUCCUAACCAUCACCCAACUCUACGUCCUCACCCACAACCUCGCCGCCGCAACCCAACUCCUCGAAUCCUUCUUCAAGCGCCUCGAGCAAUCCGGCUCCGCCUCCGACCUCGACAUCCGACACGCCCCGGGCCUCAUCGCCGUCCUCGUCUCCCUCUACGUCCGACAGGGCCGGCACUCGCACUCCAAAUCGGGCCUCGCGAAGGCAGCUUCGUACUGGCGGCGCAAGUCCGAAACGGCGCCUCGAUCCCUCAUGGUCGCGGCCGGCAGCGCGCUCCUGGAAACCCACAACGCCGAUAGCAUCGCCAUGGCGGGGGAGAUCUUCGAAUCGCUGCACGAGCGGGAUCGCGCCGACCGCGCCGCCAUCGCCGGCCUCGUUGCCGCCUACGCCGUCGCUGACCCGGCCAAAAUCGCACCGGAUCUGGUCGACGUCCUCCCGCCCGUCGAGCGCCUCGUCUCCGGCAUCGAUGUCUCGGCCCUGGAAAACGCAGGCGUGCCCGGCUUACCUCUGUCCUCUGCCGCUGCCGCCGUGCCAACCAAGCGACCUGCCCCGGGAGGUGGGAGGCAGGAAGAAGGUGCCCCCGUGAAGAAGACGAAACGGAUACGCAAGGCGCGCAUGCCCAAGGAUUUCAUGCCGGGGAGGAGCAUGGAUCCGGAGCGCUGGCUGCCGAUGCGGGAUCGGACGUAUUAUCGGCCCAAGGGGAAGAAGGGGAAGAAGAAGAUGGAUGGGUUGACGCAGGGGGGUGCUGUGGCGGAGGAUAGGGCGGCGGGUACGGUGGGAGGGCAGAAGAAGGGAGGUGGGAAGAAGAAGGGGAAGGGGGGGAAGUGGUAG